GCGUUCAUACCUUUUCCGAUAAAUAGAAAAAGAUGGAAAGAGAACACCAGGCGUACUUGACUUGUUCCUUACACUUGAUCGCCUGCAGGGUUACUAUUUUGGUCUUUCUUUGCUUGUAUUUUCACCAUUCUUUCAAAACUUUAACAGGCUGCAUUUAUUUAACGCAGAAUCAAAACUCUGUAAAAUUAAAUUUGGAAUACGCGAGACCAGGGACGAAUCAAAUCAAAGUAAGUCAUAUAAAAAUGUCACAAUUGGAGUUAGAUCCUCAAUUUACACAGGGUUUACAUCUUUUACAUUCCACUAAUAAAGAUUCUGCAGAACAAUUACGAGCUCUUCUAGAUGAAGCAAUCAAACAAAAAUAUGGACCAUCAAAAAUGUUAUCGAAUGUAUUACACAAAAAGUAUAUGAUGGAGGAACCAGUGCUAAGUGAUCAUAGCAGCAGUAGUAAAAAGAGUAAAAGCUCCUCUUCUUCUUCUUCCAAACAUUCAAGUAAAUCAAGCAAAAAUAACUCUCCUGUAAAUUUACCAACUCGUGACACACCACCUGAUAUUAUUCAGACUGAUAAUACUUUAGCAUUAGAAAUACUAGAAGAUGAUCUGACAUGUGUAAUUUGCAAAGGAAUGGAUGUUGGUGCAAGAAACAGACUUGUUGAAUGUUUAGAAUGCCAUUCCUUAUACCAUCAAGAAUGUCAUGUUCCACAUAUUUUAGAUUCUCAAAUAGAUGUACCAGGAUUGGUGUGGUAUUGUUCAAACUGUUCCAAAUCUCAGGUUUCAAAAGAAAGGAGUUCACCAAAAACAGUGAUAGAAAGUAAAUCUAAAGAACAAAAAAAAUCCAAUUUGAGUAAGUGGUGGAACAAAAUAACACCAAAUAUUCAUAUUAUAAGUGCAGAUAGAAGAUUAAAAGAUAUGAUGAAAAAAGCUAAACAGGAUAAACGAAGCACAAAUAUUACUCAAAGUUCAAAAAAAAAUUCUUCAUCCAACUCACCAGCAUUGUCUUCAACAAAAUCUCAGGAAAAAUCAUUAGUAUAUAAAAUCAAAUCAGGUGUAGAAUGAAGCACUUAUUAUAUAUAUUAUGACAAUAUUUUAUAAUGUGAAAAAGACUUAAACAAAUUUUAUAAUUUCGACGUUACAAGUUGAUUAGUUAAUUGAGAAAAUCUUUAACAUUAAUAGUGCUAAUCAAAUAUUUUAAUAUCAAAAUCGAUAUAUUUUGUAAAAAAUAUAAUUUGAACAAAUAAUGUUAAUAUUUCAUACCGCAGUAAUUCCCGAUUUUUUGCUAGCUAAGAUUUUUACUUUUUAUAUUAUUAUAUAUUUUCGUUAGAAAUACUUAGAUGAUUUUUUAAAUAUAAUUUGUUAUGAAAUAAUGAAUUGUGACGCAAUGUAAUUUGAUAUUGUAACAUUUAACAUUUAAAAAAUAUAAUUUUUUGUACAAACAUACAUUAAUUUAAAUAUAUAAAUAAAAAUAUGCAA